AUUCUACUGACCGUGGUAGUGGCCAUGGUAGCCAAGAUGGCGGCCGCAGAGACUCAGGCGAAAUCCACGCCCUCUAGCCCAGCACCAUCUGAGGGCUCCUGCAGAUCACAAGAAAUCUUGCAAGACCUUGAAAUAAGGGAGCUUACGGAGCUUACCUUCAAAGGCGUAUCUAGAAGUACAACAAGUAAGUCUGAGUAUCGGACUUGGAGGAGAGAGAUUUUGUUCAGUCUCAAAUGACAAACAACUCCCCCACCAUUGAGACCCAUACUAAGAUCCUAUCAUUAAUCCAACGACAAGUAGACGAUUUAGACAAUAGGAGUCGCAGGAAUAAUUUGAGGAUCCAGGGGUCUUCCAGAAAUACAAGGAGAAGAUGUUAUGUCCACCCUCACAGAACUCUUUAACCUCAUACUGGAAGAAGCAACCGAUAAUCAGAUAAUAAUGGACAGAGCACACAAAUCUCUGCGUCCAAGAGGAGCACUAUCAGAGGCCCCACGGGACAUGAUAUGUAAACUGCACUACUUUUCCUUUAAGGAUAAUAUAUUUAAGAGCUCUACGAGAGACUUCUCAGCCACUUUUAUUUUACAACAACCCGAUACAGACUUUCCCAGACCUAUCCUGCAUACACUUCAGGCAAGAUGGGCUCUGAAACCUAUUACAGAGCACCUACGCAACUGCAAUAUAAAAUAUAGAUGGGGGUUCCAGUUGGCCCUGAAUGUUACCCACAAAAGCACUGUCUAUUCAAUCGCAACGCAUCUGGACAUAAAGCUUUUCCUUAGGGCCCCGGAAUUGCCCAAUACACAAAUUACGGACUGGUACAUCCCACAGCCCAAUUAA